GAGCUCUACCGAGAUAUGUACCUACUUAUAUAUCAAGGACGGGUAGGACAUGAAUUUGGGAUGGGAUUAAUCAUAAUCUGAGCAGUUAUUUUUGGUUCUGAAGUAUUACAUUUACUUAAUAUUACUCGGUCUUCAACAACCUCAUUAUCCAGUCAGUUUCUAAAAUGGCUGACCUCGACCUCCGCUUGCCCGAGCCCUUCGCUAGUAUCCCGCGGGAAUCCUUCCUGUUCGGACCCUCACCUAUCCAGCACCUGCCGCGCAUAUCCGCAGCGCUAGGUGGCAAAGUAAACGUUUAUGCCAAGCGCGAUGACUGUAAUUCCGGAUUUGCCUAUGGCGGGAACAAGACACGGAAGCUCGAGUACCUCGCCGCAGAGGCUCUAGCCAAUGGCGCCGAUACCCUCGUCUCUAUCGGCGGUGUUCAGUCAAACCAUACUCGGCAAGUAGCCGCCGUAGCUGCUGUACUAGGUCUCCAAUGUGCCCUGGUGCAAGAGCACUGGGUAGAUCUCCCUCCGGGAUCCCCAGAUGAAAUCCUCUACAGCUCCGUCGGCAACAUCCAACUCUCGCGGCUCAUGGGAGCAGAUGCGCGUCUCGAGCCAGCAACCGUCUUUGGCAUCGAGCAUAAACCCACGCUCGCACAGUUGCAAACCGAGCUUACGUCCGCUGGUCGCAAGCCCUACUACAUCCCCGCAGGCGCCUCGGACCACCCGCUAGGCGGCCUCGGCUUCGCACGCUGGGCCUUUGAGGUCGAGGCGCAGGAGCGCGCGACGGGUGUAUUCUUCGACACGGUAAUCGUGUGCGCGGUGACAGGCUCUACAUUCGCGGGCAUGGUAGCCGGGUUCAAGCUUGCGCAAAAGAAACUCGGUUCUAAGAAACGGCGUGUAAUCGGGAUUGAUGCGUCUGCCACGGUGAAGCAGACUUUCGACCAGGUAUUGCGGAUAGCUAAGGCGACUGCUGUGAAGAUCGGAUUAGAGGAGGGCGAUAUCACAGAGGAAGACAUCGAACUGGAUGAUAGGUAUCAUGCUGGCGUGUACGGAAUCGCGGACGAGCAGACGCUCGACGCGAUCCGGUUUGGUGCCAAGACCGAGGCCUUCAUUACGGAUCCCGUGUACGAAGGUAAGAGUCUGGCAGGCAUGAUGGAUUUGAUUCGGAAGGGAGAGAUAGGAGAAGGGACUAACGUGUUGUAUGCACAUCUCGGAGGACAGUUGGCAUUAAACGCUUAUCCCUCUAUCGGUCUUCAGUAAAUAUCGUUUCGAUAUUAAUAACGUCUUGAUUUCGUUUUAAUUCAUUACUAAACGUGAUCUAUAAGCCAGUCAUUGCGAGCCCUAGCCCCCCCUGAAAUAAUCAUGUCGUAGCUGGAGCAAGAUCGGUAUAUAUGU